AUGGUCCGCCGGGUCCCGCUCCCUCCCGCGCGCCACCCGACAUCUCCCCUUGCUUUUCGGCGGCCGGUGGGCCUCCGGCUCCGCCCGCGCGGCCCGAGGUCUCGGACAGCCCCGGGCCCGAGAGGUCCGAGGACCGGGCCCGGGGGCGCCUUCGCGCGGCGGUGCCGCCUGAAGGAGCACCGGUUCACCCACGCCGGGCCCGGGCCCUUCCCGUGCAGCGAGCGCGGCAAGAGCUACAGUUCGGAGGAGAGCUUCGAGGCUCACGUGCUGGGCCACCGCGGGGUCCGCCCCUUCCCCCGCCCGCGGUGCCCCGAGGCCUGCGGCGCCCGGCGGGACCUGCGCGAGCACCGGGCGGUCCACACGGGCGCCCGCCCCUUCGCCCGCGACCGCUGCGGCGAGACCCUCGCCCGCCGGCCCUCCCUGCGCCUCCGCCGGAAGACCCGCCCGGCGUCCGGGGGCCCCGGGCCCGGCCCCCCGCCCCCGCCCCGUGUGCCGGAGGCCCCCGGACAGCCCGGGCUCCCUGCGCGACCACAUGCGCCCGCACACGGGCGAGAAGCCCUUCGUCUGCCCGCGCUGCGGCCGGGCCGCCCGCCAGCGGGGCAACCCGCGCGGGCCCCCGCGGCCGCACACGGGCGAGCGGCCCUACCGCUGCCCCCGCGGCGGCCCGAGCCGCGCCGCCGCCUCAUCUCCCGCACGGGCGAGGCCCACCUCUGCCCCGUGUGCGGCAAGGCCCUGCGCGACCCCCGCACGCUGCGGGCCCACGAGCGGCUCCACACGGGCCCUUCCGCUGCCCCGCCUGCGGCUUGA